AUGGCUGACCUGAGCUUCAUUGAAGAUUCCGUGGCCUUCCCGGAGAAGGAGGAGGAUGAGGAGGAAGAGGAGGAAGGCGUGGAGUGGGGCUACGAGGAAGGUGUUGAGUGGGGCUUGGUGUUUCCGGAUGCUAAUGGGGAGUACCAGUCUCCCAUUAACUUGAACUCAAGAGAGGCUCGAUAUGACCCCUCACUGCUGGAUAUCCGCCUCUCCCCGAAUUAUGUGGUCUGCCGGGACUGUGAGGUCGCCAAUGACGGGCAUACCAUUCAGGUUAUCCUGAAGUCGAAAUCAGUUCUAUCAGGAGGUCCAUUGCCUCAAGGACAUGAAUUUGAGCUGUAUGAAGUUAGAUUUCAUUGGGGAAGAGAAAACCAGCGUGGUUCUGAGCACACAGUUAAUUUCAAAGCUUUUCCCAUGGAGCUCCACCUGAUCCACUGGAACUCCACCUUGUUUGGCAGCAUUGAUGAGGCUGUGGGGAAGCCCCAUGGAAUCGCUAUCAUCGCUUUGUUUGUCCAGAUCGGAAAAGAGCACGUGGGCCUGAAGGCUGUGACUGAAAUCCUCCAGGAUAUUCAGUACAAGGGGAAGUCCAAAACAAUACCCUGCUUUAAUCCUAACACUUUAUUACCAGACCCCUUGCUGCGUGAUUACUGGGUCUACGAAGGCUCUCUUACCAUCCCGCCCUGCAGCGAAGGUGUGACCUGGAUAUUAUUCCGAUACCCUCUGACGAUAUCCCAGCUACAGAUUGAAGAAUUUCGAAGGCUGAGGACACAUGUGAAGGGGGCAGAGCUCGUGGAGGGCUGUGAUGGGAUUUUGGGAGACAAUUUUAGACCCACUCAGCCGCUCAGCGACAGAGUCAUUAGAGCUGCGUUUCAGUAG